CUACAGACUAGCACAAUGUUUUUAAAGUUCUCUCUUUCGUUUCUAUUGCUUAUCCUAGCGGUUAGCUGUAUGAAUGAGGAACGUAAACGUAAAGCAACACAUCCAGAUGCACCCGAACUGAGAACUGAAGAACAACAACUGGAAGAUAAGAGGACAAUAGAAAAGGCAUUCGAGAAUUGUAUAAAAUGGAUGAGCUUGAAAAACGGUUACAUACAUGAAAAUAUUUCAGAACAUGUUUAUUACAGAUAUAUGGGUGACAACCAAAAUGAUUGGGAUUUCAUAGAAAAUUACUAUCUAGUUUUUGUACCAAAAGAGAAAGAACAUUAUUUCAUAGACUUAGAAUUAUUUACUAAUCUUUUUAUCAAGCAUUGCCAAAUAUCAGGCAAACCAGUUAAAAUUGUCGCUGAAGAAAGAGCAGCCGCAGUGAAAAAAAAGGACGUAAAUGGUAACCCAGUGGAUGCUUUAGAAUUUGGAGUUGAUCCAGACGGAGAUGUCAUGUCUGAGUAA